AUGGGAGUUUCGAAGGAAAAUCAUUUUGAACCAGGUAUUAAAUUGAAUCAUUUGCAUAAUUAUCAGUGCUCUAUUUUGUUUUUCACUGAUUGUCAAUUAAUAUUAUUUUUAUUGAUCUAAUAACUAUUUUUCCUGCCUGAAUCCGGCCUGGCACACCUCUAAGUGAUUAUUCAGUAAACUGUCUCUAACUUUCUUCAAAGUUAAAAAGCUGCCUUUAUACAGACAGAUUUCUUUCUUCCUACUGAUUUCUUAUUGUUUUCUUUUAUUUUAUCUUAAGCUGCCGAACUGAGCAACAAUCGUACAAUGGACGCAUCUUCAAAGUUAACCCCAGCAGAAGAUGGUGCUCAAGGAGGCGAGAAGAAGAAGAAGGACAAACAAGCCACAAAUUGUACUCCAUUCUGUGAAGACAAUUGUGAAUUCCAGGGUCAGCAUGAUGAUUUGAUAAUGUCGCUUAUUAACCUAAAUGAAUCAGACCGAGCAAGCUUGGAUGCAUGGAAGGAGCAUGUAAUCAGUUUGAACAAUGACAUCGACGAGCCCUUGAAAGAUCCGAAUCCUCAUUUUCGUCUCCCAUUACUACAUUGGGUAGCUAUGCUUGGAAAGGUUAAGGCCGUCCAGUGGCUUAUGACCCUGAAAGACCGCGUUAUCAUAAGAAAAGGCAAUACACAUGGCAUGUCCAAUGAAACAGUGGUAUUUUCUAUGGUGCGAUGUCUGCACGAGGGAGUGAAGAGCAAAGAUCCGAACAAAAUAUCCAACAUCUUUGUCAACAUACUCGAGUUGUUGUUAAAACGUGAUCCAUACCUCCUCUUAGUUCAAGAAGGUAGCAACGGUAACACAGUCCUGCACCUGUGUGCCCAAGGAGACGAAAGCUCAACGGCUCCCUUCCUAAUGUAUUUGAAGAGGACACUGGUUAAGCUGAAAGAAAUUUUAAACAAAAACAGUGAGUUACUGCCUCUUAACUGGCUGAAAACCAUUUUGCAACAAAAGAAUGAGCAAGGUGACACAUUUAUCGAUGUAGCAGCCAAAUGUAAGACCCAAAAAGAGGCAAGGGAACUCGUCGACCUCAUACUGAAACAAGAGUUCGAUUUGUCAGUACAAAAAGCGGAAGAAAUUUUGAACCAGAGAAAACAAACUGAGAGAGAAAACGUCGAUGAUGAUCAAAAUGGAGAUGACGAUGAAGAUCAUCUUGGUAUGGGUGACGGCGAGAACGAAGCCGCUAACGAAAAGGAACUACAAUCGGAAGUUAACAACACAUUUGAACCAACAAGCAGUGCGGUAUUUGUUCCAGAUCUGGCUCCACCGGCCAAAAUUCAAAAGAUUACCGAUAAAUCCUCGACCUUUUCUGAGGAUCCUUUGCGAGGUGGAGUGACUUUACAGUCGGUUUGCUCGCAUUUGCAACAAUGGAAUGAUGAUAGUGAAUCCAAAGUUAGUAUUCUUCAAGACCCUACCGAAGCGCCGGCCUCAGCAAGUACUAACCGUGCUGUAAAACGCGGCAGCUGGGAUCAGUCGACCACCUCAGACGUUGCUACCGAAACUGAAAGCAUCGGGAAUACUGAACUAGCCGCCGUCAAAGCCAGCGUUGAGAAACUCAUACAGAAAACCGAACAGGAUUUGUCAAAAGAAAGAAACGAACUGAAGAAGGCUGAAUCGGAACAAAGAAAAAUGGAAUCCGAAAUCAAGGAGCUUCAAGACGAAAAAGAGAAAAAGGAAAAAGAAAUUGAAAGGGGGAAAGAGACAGUGAAACAUCUGGAACAACAACUCGAUGACUGCAAGCACUUUUUAGAGAAACUUCGUUAUAAUUAGACUAAAGAUGUGAUAUUUUUUAACCGUGAAUACUUCACUCGAACGUUUUAGUUCCAACAGUAACUUCAAUGAAGCACUCACUCGUCUAACACAGUGCUAAAGAUCGAACAUAUUCACUUGCAGUGCACAGUUUGUUUUAGUUUGAAAUGCAGCGAUUUCAACUGCUUUAGCUACUGAUUAUACUUUAUUCCUUCAUGGGUGGAUUGUUAGCAUUUGAAAACGAAAACCGCAAGGGUUGUUGUUAAACGAGUUUAUGCCAAUUAAAUCCAACUGUAGAGCCGGGG